UUCUGUUUCUCACAGGCACGGUCUCCCAAAAACCACUUUCUAUACUUCAUCAACAACACAUCACCAUGUACGCCACGCAACAGAGCACUAGCUUGUUCCUUGGUGGAGAGCGUACCUCAGGCCAGAACAUUAGAGAUCAGAAUGUUCUUGCUACAUCCUCGAUCGCCAACAUUGUCAAGUCUUCUCUUGGACCAGUUGGUCUCGACAAGAUGAUCGUGAAUGAGAUCGGAGAUGUUACCAUCACUAACGACGGCGCUACAAUUCUCAAUAUGUUGGAGGUUGAACACCCAGCAGGAAAGAUCCUCGUUGAGCUUGCACAACAGCAGGAUAAAGAAGUCGGCGAUGGAACUACUUCAGUCGUGAUCAUUGCUGCAGAGUUGUUGAAGAGAGCAAAUGAGCUUGUCAAGAAUAAAAUCCAUCCUACGACCAUUAUUACUGGAUACAGAACAGCAUCAAAAGAGGCCUGCAAAUUCAUUGCCGAACAAAUGUCUAUCAAGGUGGAUUCUUUGGGUCGUGAAUGUCUCGUAAACGCGGCCAAGACCAGCAUGUCCAGCAAAAUCAUUGGAUCCCAUGAUGAAUUCUUUUCCAACAUGGCGGUAGAUGCUAUGCUCGCCGUAAAGACUACCAACAGCCGUGGUGAUCACAAGUAUCCAGUCAAGGCUGUUAAUGUCCUGAAGGCUCAUGGAAAGAGCGCAACCGAAUCCAUGCUUAUUAAGGGAUAUGCUCUCAACUGCACAGUCGCCAGUCAGGCCAUGAAGACAAAGAUCACCAAUGCAAAGAUCGCUUGUUUGGACAUUAACCUUCAAAAGGUCCGCAUGAAUUUGGGCGUACAUAUUCAGGUCGACGAUCCUGAUAAGCUGGAGGAUAUUCGCAAGAGGGAAAGUGACAUCACCACAGAACGCAUCAAGAAGAUUUUGGAUACUGGUGCAAAUGUUAUUUUGACAACCAAGGGAAUUGAUGACAUGUGUCUGAAAUUGUUUGUUGAGGCUGGAGCCAUGGCAGUCCGACGCUGCAAAAAGGAGGAUCUCCGCAGAAUUGCCAAGGCAACUGGAGCAACUUUGAUCUCAACAUUGGCUAAUUUGGAAGGAGAAGAGACCUUUGAGGAGUCAUACUUGGGACAUGCUGAAGAAGUUGCACAGGAGAAGAUCUCCGACGAUGAAUGUAUCCUGAUUAGAGGUACCAAGGUUGAGAACUCAGCAUCCAUCAUUCUUCGUGGAGCUAAUGACUUUAUGUUGGAUGAGAUGGAGCGCUCCUUGCAUGACGCGCUUUGUGUUGUCAAGAGAACGCUCGAAAGCGGAAGUGUUGUUCCAGGAGGUGGAGCUGUAGAAACAGCUUUGAAUAUUCAUCUUGAGAACUUUGCCACCACCUUGGGUUCGCGCGAGCAAUUAGCGAUUGCAGAGUUCGCUAACGCUUUGCUAGUGAUUCCAAAGACAUUGGCUGUCAAUGCUGCCAAGGAUUCAACUGAUCUAGUGGCAAACCUUCGUGUGAAGCAUAAUGCUUCACAGAGCGAUGCUUCACAGCAGGCACUCAAGUGGUAUGGUCUAGAUCUGAUUAAAGGCGAAGUCCGUGACAAUGUCAAAGCUGGCGUUCUUGAGCCUGCGCUGUCCAAGAUCCGUGCUUUGCGCUCGGCAACUGAGACAGCACUUUCGAUCUUGCGUAUUGAUGACAUGAUCACAGUGGCACCUGAGCAACGUGAGCAGGAUGAUGGCCAUGGACAUUAAGUAUAGUAAAU